AGAGCGCAGCAGAGCCGAACAUCCAAUGGGUCAAUCUCAGCGUGUUUCCUCCCUGACUGGACUCUGUGUGCAGCCGCAGCUUCUGGACUGACCGGUUCCUCCCCCACCGAGAUACACACUUUGACAGCGAAGAGUUACCUGGAGACUUUUUCUUUUUUCUUUUUCUUUAACUGCAAAGAAGCGCAGCGAUGACAGCCGAGUUGAUUUCGCUCCGGAGUGACUGAGACCCGCAUCUCGCUGCGCCGCAUCCGAUCUGACUGAUCUGACCCUUCUGAGAGGAUGCAGAGGAGCUACAGGAUGAAAUUCAUAGCAGUGUUACUCGGAGUGGUUGGGGCUCUGGCCAAUAAGGAGGAGUGCUUAUCGGGCCAGUUCACAACCAGCGGAGAAUGCUGCGAGCAGUGCCCGCCCGGUGAGGGUGUCGUCAAAUCAUGUGGAGCCACACAGACUGUCUGUGCCCCCUGCCUUGACAGUGAAACCUUCUCAGAAAACUUCAGUCACACAGAGAAAUGUCAGGCCUGCACUGUAUGCGCAGGUCUACUCCGCAUGAAGGCGCCCUGCACGGACUCCAACGACGCCACCUGUGUGUGCAACUACAGCUUCUACAUGAACGAACUCUCACAGAGGUGUGAACCCUGCACCAAGUGUCCUGAGGGCCAGGGCAUGCUGCUCAGCUGUGAGUUCGACCAUGACACUGUGUGUGAGGAGUGCACCGGGGACACCUACUCGGACCAGGAAAGUUCUCGGGAGCCCUGCAUCCCCUGCACCACCUGUGACGAGGGAGAGGAGUUACAGCCCUGCACCUCUUUGACUGAUACCGUUUGUCAAGCUCCAACAGUUUAUGAAGAUCCAGUGUCUCCCACUCCCUUUUCCAGUAACUCCACUCCCACCUACGAUGACUUCUCGCCAGACAUCCUCCCGCCGGGCGGCCCAACAGACACGGCCACCACCACUAAUGGUGAUUCCAAGGAGCCGAUCUACCAUCUGAACGACAAGCUCAUUCCCAUCUACUGCUCCAUCCUGGCAGCUGUUGUAGUCGGCCUCGUGGCCUUCAUCAUCUUCAAGAGGUGGAACAGCUGUAAGCAGAACAAGCAAGGAGCCAACAACUGCACAGCCAACCAGAACCAGACGCCGUCACCUGAGGGAGAGAAGCUGCACAGUGACAGUGGCAUUUCUGUGGACAGCCAGAGUCUGCAGGAGCAGCAGGGCCAGACUCAGGCACAGACAGUUGUCAACAUGGAUGAGGAGCCUUGUUUGCUCCUUCCUCUCCACACCAGAGAGAAAGUGGAGAAGUUGUUGUUCAGGGGCAGCGAAGGAGACGAUUGCAACCACAUGGAGGACAGCGACUGGUGCAACCUGGCGGGCCUCCUGGGCUACGAGGAGGAGCGGAUCGCCACAUUCCAGCAGGAGGAGCAUCCUGUCCGCGCGCUGCUGUCUGACUGGGCGAGCAAGGACUGCGCCAGCAUCGACGCACUGUGCACAGCUCUGCGCAAAAUCAACCGUGAUGACAUCGCCCAGAGCCUGGUGCUGAGCCCGAGCACUGCCAAGCCGACUGCCACGUCCGUAGUCUAAUUUAAGCUUUACAGUGAGCAACCUGCCUUAACCUUAAUAUCCUUCCAUGGCCUCCUUCACUCCACAUAAAUCAUGCUAGAAUCGUUUUAAGCUAUUUCUUCAUAAAGCCAGCAGUCAAAUAUCAUGAGUCCUGAGGAAUCACUUCGUGUUUAAUCAAGACAAGACAAGGAGAUGCCAGAAAUAAGACAAAAACUGAAUGAAUAUCAGUGUACCUAUUCAAGCCAAAAGCCUUCACUUAACCAUCAAUCAUUCAUUCUCACAUUUUAAAAUCCACACAAUGUAAAGCCCACGUGGAGGGAAAUUGUCUAUAGUCAUUCCAUUUUUUAGCCUGGAUAUCCACCUGCCUUUCCACACUGUUUGACACCUAGCUUACCAUCCCAUAGCAAUGGGCUUUGAACUGAAUUUAUCAUUCCUACAUCUUUAUUCUUAAAAUUCAUAGUCAGUUUGUCCCUUACUUAUAAGCAUCCAUUAGCCAGUGUUGUAUCUCUAAAUGUUACUUUACACACCUAUGCUACCAAAGAGGAGUGAACGUCUCAAGACCGUACCUGACAAGCAACAUUAUUUACAUGCCAUGUUAGAUUUUUUGAAUUUAAGUUGUCAAAUGGCUUGUGUCUGUCACCGCGGCCUGCAUACUGCAGAGCAUCUGGAUCUUUGCAAAUAUGACAACCUGAAGAAGGAUGCUUGGACGCUUUUCAAAUGAACCUGUUCUCCUUCAGCAAGUCCAACUAUUUACUCGUAUUUUAAAUACAUGAGACAUCGAGCUGCAGCACGCAUUGGAUUAAUCUCAACUAAGUGGCUUCUGCAGACUCUUCCUUUUUCAGACAAGUGCUAUAAGAACUGCUGGCUGGACUUUGCCAACUAGGUGGUCUGUGGAGCAGGUCAUUGACCCGAGGCAACAUGAGACACUCUUCUGCGUGUCGAUCUGCAUAACACAGGAGCUCCACACAGACUCCUUCAUACUGACCCAGAAAAGGGACGGACGUGGAAUUCAAAAGUAACAACUAUGUAUACUGUAUAUACAUAGACAGACAAGUGCAAAUGCCAUACAUACUGUAUAUACUACAUACACACAUAGAC